CCGGGCGGGGCCGGCGGCACCGGUGCGGGCUGCGGCUGAGGCGGCGGCGGCCCAGGACGGCGGCGGCCGCGGGUAGCGGUCUUGGCCUGUCGGACCUCCCUCGCCAUCCCACACCGUUCUUGGACGCGGUCUCGGGCCCAGCGGACUUAACCCCUGGCCAUGGACUCCCAGAAAGAAGCACUACAAAGGAUCAUUUCAACUCUGGCAAAUAAAAAUGAUGAAAUUCAGAACUUUAUUGAUACACUAAAUCAAACACUAAAAGGAGUUCAGGAAAAUUCUUCUAACAUACUUGCAGAAUUAGAUGAAGAAUUUGAUAGUUUAUACUCUAUAUUGGAUGAGGUGAAAGAAAGUAUGAUUAACAGUAUCAAACUGGAGCAAGCUCGUAAAUCACAAGAGUUACAGAGUCAGCUUAGUCAAUGUAAUAAUGCCCUGGAGAACUCUGAAGAACUGCUAGAAUUUGCAACACGGUCAUUAGAUAUUAAAGAAGCUGAAGAAUUUUCAAAGGCUGCCAGACAGAUCAAGGAUAGAGUAACAAUGGCUUCAGCCUUUCGCCUUUCUUUGAAACCAAAGGUCAGUGACAACAUGACUCAUUUAAUGGUGGAUUUUUCUCAGGAAAGACAGAUGCUGCAAACUUUGAAGUUUUUGCCAGUCCCCAAAGCUCCAGAGAUAGAUCCAAUAGAGUGUUUGGUGGCUGACAACGCUGUAACAGUAGCUUGGAGAAUGCCAGAAGAAGAUAAUAAGAUUGACCAUUUUAUACUGGAAUAUAGGAAAACUAAUUUUGAUGGACUUCCACGUGUAAAGGAUGAGCGAUGCUGGGAGAUAAUUGAUAAUAUUAAGGGUACUGAAUAUACAUUAUCAGGUUUAAAGUUUGAUUCAAAGUAUAUGAAUUUCAGAGUGCGAGCUUGUAACAAGGCUGUGGCUGGAGAGUAUUCUGAUCCAGUAACCCUAGAGACCAAAGCACUUAACUUCAGUUUGGAUAACUCAUCAUCCCAUUUGAACCUGAGAGUUGAAGAUACCUGUGUAGAAUGGGAUCCUACUGGAGGCAAAGGUCAAGAAAAUAAAAUUAAAGGAAAAGAGAACAAGGGCAGUGUCCAUGUUACUUCACUGAAGAGACAUACAAGAAGUGGUACACCAUCUCCCAAACGGACAUCUGUAGGUUCCAGGCCACCAGCAGUAAGAGGCAGCAGAGAUCGUUUUACUGGGGAAUCAUACACAGUGCUGGGAGACACUGCUAUUGAAAGCGGACAGCAUUAUUGGGAGGUCAAGGCCCAGAAGGAUUGUAAAUCCUACAGUGUGGGAGUAGCAUACAAGACUUUGGGGAAAUUUGACCAAUUAGGAAAGACAAAUACUAGUUGGUGUAUCCAUGUCAACAACUGGCUACAAAACACAUUUGCAGCAAAGCAUAACAAUAAAGUCAAAGCCUUGGAUGUUACUGUUCCUGAGAGAAUAGGUGUAUUUUGUGAUUUUGAUGGGGGUCAACUUUCUUUCUAUGAUGCAAACUCAAAACAGUUGUUGUAUUCCUUUAAGACAAAAUUUACUCAGCCAGUAUUACCUGGUUUCAUGGUUUGGUGUGGUGGACUUUCUUUGAGUACUGGUAUGCAGGUUCCAAGUGCUGUGAGAACACUUCAGAAAAAUGAAAAUGGAAUGACUGGUUCAGCUAGCAGCCUAAACAUUGUUACUCAGUAACGCCCACUUAGAAUAUGUUUAUCCACCUCCACCUUUUGAUUGGGUGGCCUUAGUCACAGAAACUUAGGAGUGGUGGAAAUGAGAUUUGCUACGUUCUGCUUUAAGGCCUGGAAUCUCUUAGCAUUAAGCUUCUACUACAAAGUAUUCACAGGAAUCUACUGUGCAAUAGCAUAGAAGCAAGCAGAUAUCAAGCAAGAAACUGGUAUUUUAAAGAGCAAAUGGGAGACAAAUCAGUGUUUAAAUAAUUACAUAGAAACUCACUUUUGUUUUUCUUGGGUUACUUUGGCUUUUCUAAUGUUCAGUUACAUACAGUAGCCCUGGGGCCUGAAGAAAAAAAAUUUAAAUCUUCUUUCUUCUAUACUUCCUUCCCCCACCCCCUUAUCACUACCUAUUAUUUAGUUCUUACACAGAAGCUUUAAAAAUAAACAGUUCUCUGAGGUUUUCUAAAAAUUGAAAUAAUUGGUUGGGGAUGCUAGACAGGUUUUCUUACAAUGGUUUAUUUUUCCCCCUUUAUAAGUAAGUUGAGUUUUGCUAAUUUAUCCUCUUUUGUUGUAUUGACUAGAUUGUAUGUCAUGUUCUCUUUUCCAAAUAUUGUGGUAUUUCUCUUGUGGUUAUAACUCAAAAUAGAGAGUGGAUAAGAAGAGUUUCUAGACAUGAUAGCUUAAAAUCACCCAAAUUUCAGUUUUUCGCUUGCUGCACUAACACUGGCAAAGUGAUAUUCUUUAUAUGUUGCUCUGUUUAAUUAGACUUCUUUUCAUUCCAUCAUUUUGGAUGAUGGGUAAUAUUUUUAAAAGCUUUAUAUUUUCUGAUUUUGUUGUCUAGUUUAAUAUUACUUUUAAUAGUUAUCUUUGGUAAAAUUCCCACUUGAAUUUGGUAAUAACUGAUAAUACUUAUACUGAUUUUUACCAUUUCUAGUAGGAAUGAAAGUUUAUUGAAGUUAUAUAGGAGGUAGGAAAACCUACCCUACUCAAGUUUUAUCUAAGAAGGAUAAGGCUAUAAAGGGAGAUGCCUAAAACUACUUGUUACUGAAGUCAUUUAUAUCUGCUUUUUGAUAUGACAGAGAAUGGCUUAAACAAUUGUUUUAAAAAAUGUAUACAUAUCUCUGAUUUAUUUGGCACAUGAGUUUUUUAGUCGUAAUUAGAGGUUCUCUCUCAAUCCUUUUGCUACAUUCAUUUGCUUUCUAAAGGGGUCUAAUUCUUCCAAAAAUCUCAACAUAGAAUCUUUACCAAAGUUUGAAAAAAUGUGUUAACAAAGAGUAAAACCCAUGGUUAUUGAGAACAUAUCUAUUUUUUAAAAGUUGAUUAAAAUUUGUACCACAGUCCUUUGCACCAAACUGAAAGUUGUAAUUAGUGGUAUUUAAGAAUUCUUUGACUGUUUUUAAGAGGUCUAAAUUUGUAUAUUCCUUAAUUUUUGAAACUUUUACUUUCUCAUUUUGACUUACUUUCAUUUUCAUUUUAAGUAUAUUGUGCUAUGAAAACCUUCUAAGAAAUAACUGAUGCUGCUUACAUUGGAGUUGCUUUCUACAGAAGGGCCUGUGGAAUAGGAAUAGCCCAUUCUUUCUUCAAGUUUACUGUUUACUGAUAGGAUGUUUUAUUCAUUUUAAAACAAAUCUAAAUGAGGAAUUUUAUUUGAACUGGAUAUUAUUUUCCCAGAGGACAGUCAUAAUUGCACCAUUGAUGACAUAUUGGUAAUUUUAAAGACUGUAAGGGAGUUUAGAGAAUGAAAUAUGUCAAUAGAUACUCCUUUGAUUCUCCAGAUAUAAUUUUGUUUUUUGUUCAUCCUGGAGAUUAUGAAAUAAAUUUUUGGAUGUUCUAUUCCCCACAGCAGGUUUAUUCCAGGACCUAAGGAAGCAGGAAGUUAUAAUUCUUUCAUACAGUCAAACCUGAAAGCAGUAAUUUAGUGGAGGAGCUGCUUUAUGUGAACGGUUGUACAUGUAUAUUUCAGAAAAAUGACACAGAAAAAGCCAGAAAUUCUUGUAUAAAACUUUUCACUAUUAUGUCUUAUAUAAUCGUGUCUUCUCUUUAAUUCAGUGCCUUCUUCUUGUAAGCAUGCUCUUCUUGCUUCAUGCUCCAUGUCCCAUGCAGUGUCCACUGAUAUUUAAACCAGAGACCAUUAUGCUACACUAUACCAGUGAGGGCCUUCUAUUGCAGGAGCAUGGGGAAAAGGAAAUACUAAUCAGGGUCUGGUGGAGUGUAUAUGAUUAUUUCCUCUGCUCAUGCCACCAUUUGAAAUCUUUUCAAAUAGAUUUUGAAAAAAAUCUAUUUUCUAAUAUUCAUAGUAACAUUUUCUAGUAUUCAUUUGGAAAAGUCAUUGAGAGGAAUACUGUUAUUCAAAAUAAUAAUCUGAGGUUUUCCUGUUACUGUACUUCUUAAAGGUCUCUAAGAAUAAAGAGCAAAAUGUGUGGGCUUUUAGUUUACUUAUUUUAUUUGCAUUAAGUUAAACUGGAGAAAGUUUGCAACCUUCCUUUUCAAACUAGAAAAUAAUCAACUGUAGUGCCUCUUUAAAUAGUCUCAAGUUAAGGUAACUAUUAACUUGAUCAUAUGUAUAACAUUCUCAUUGAUAUUUAAAUUUAAAAAUGUUGAGCUCUUUUACUCAAUUUAAUACAUUGUGUAAGUUGGUAUACCCUUUCAAACAUUCUUUCUUGGUUUAUUCACUCUUUGUUUUAACAGGUCAAACAUGAUUGCUUUCUGUAAAAGAAAUGCAUGAGAGAUUGACAGUAAUGGAGGUAUCACAGAUCUAAAAAAAAAUAUGUUUUAUAAAAACAUGCAUUUAGUAUUGCAUUUCUCUUUUAGCAGUUGAAGCCCAAACCAGUUUUAGUAAACUGGAUAAAGAAAUGAAGGAAUUGCCUUAAGCACUUUAGAAAAAGAAUUUUUUACAAUUCAUUUUGAUUCUUUGGGCUGACCAUGUCACAUUCGUCUUCAACUUUUGUUAAAUAUGUAUAUACCAAGCAUUUAAUAACAGUGCACAUAGAAAUUUAAUAUACCGUGAUUCUUUGACUGUUCCAAGUGCAAAGUAUUAGUGGCAUGUCUGUACAUGGGACUAGUUGGUGGCAUCUGUACCAUUUUGACACACCGUGAACUGCUAGUGUAAGCUGGACUUGGCCUACUUUGUUAUGCAAACUAAUAUUUUCUCAUAUUAUCAUCUAAAGACACGUUGGCUUGGUUUUAUUUACUCACGAAAUUAAAGCAUGAACAGUAAGAUGUAUAAUUUGAACUUCUUGGACUGAUCCUAUAAAAGUAAAUAACUUGUCAUGAAAUCUUUUAAUUAGGCUAACAUACUCUAUUUCGUGUCUUACCUAGAAUGAUUAGUAUAGUUAUUUAUUUUUGUUUCUUUUAGAAACAGGUUAAAAAUUGGAAAAGGAUAUUAUGGAAAUUGAUUAUUUCAAAGAGUAUUAAUUUUAGAAAAGGAGAGUAUAGACUUCUUACUACAAAAUAUGUGGUUCCAGGCUAAAAAUGUUAUGAUUUUCAAAUCAUCAUCAUAAUUCUUUUCCAAAAAAACUAUAUUUGUUAGAUCAGUAGUCAUUCAUUGGCUAAUUUAUAUAACAAAUAUUUUAAGUGUCUGUGAUGUGUGAGUCAUACUUUGUAUUCAGAUUUCCAAAAUUAAUGAAGUUUGGUUUACUGUGCAUAUAGUUUUUUGUUUUUUUUUUAAUUUAUUGGGGUGACAAUUGUUAGUAAAAUUACAUAGAUUUCAGGUGUGCAAUUCUGUAUCACAUCA